GCGGCCAACAUCAGGAGUUGAGGGGAGUCAGUGAGCGCUGUACUUUUCCAGUAUGUGCAGGUUUUUUUGUUUUUCCUCCGGCGCGGAUUAUUACUCCGGGAAACCUCGGCCUCUAAUGGGGAGCAGCUGCAUUAACUAGUGAACAGACUUCCAUUAACUGUUUUUCUUUGCCGCCAGCUAGGUCACUGAGUGCGCACACACUGUGGGUUUAUCCGCAGGAAGAGGGGCGGUAGGCUCCCUGUUUAGUGGCACUUUUUUUCUCCUCUUCUAAUAGAGAAACCGGAUCACGUGAACAGGUGGCGUUAUCUUUCGCUUAAAAGCCCCGAGGAAGUCAGAGAGGAGAGAAGAGGGAGUCACAAAGGUGCUGCAGGCAACAGCAUGGGCAACUCCUCCAGGAAGGGAGGGGGAGAAGAAGAGGAGGAAGAGGGGGGGAAGGAUGGCGAAGAGGCAGAAUUUUCCGAGAAGGAGAAGGAAGUAGUGCAGGAAGUAGAGGAGGAACUUCCGCUUGGAGUGGAGGAGUUGCUGGAAAGUGGGGACCCCGUGUUGGACUUGAGCUACCGUAAAUUUAAGCGUUUGCCUUCACGUGUUUGUGACCUGAUGCAUCUGGAGAAGCUAUAUGUUUGUGGAAACAGCCUGCGCACCCUGCCCGACAGCAUCUCCCAGCUGCAGGGUCUGCGGAUACUUGCCCUCGACUUCAACAAAAUAGAAGAUGUUCCUCUGGCCGUCUGCGACCUCACUAACCUUACCCGCCUCUAUUUGGGCAGCAACCGCCUAAUGAGCUUUCCACCUGAGCUGAGCAACCUGCAGAAUCUGCGGUGCUUGUGGAUGGAGAGCAACUACUUCCAGAGAUUCCCACGGGUGCUCUAUGACUUACCCAACCUCAAGUCCCUGCAGAUGGGGGACAACCGCCUGAAGACUCUGCCUCCUGACUUGUGGCGCAUGGAGGCUCUGAGGGGAUUGUGGCUCUACGGAAACCGCUUUGACACCUUCCCAAAAGUCCUUCUUCGAAUGAAGUCCUUGGAGAUCCUAGACCUGGACCGCAACAAGAUAUCAGAAAUUCCCAGCCUGAAGCGUCUCAGAGCCCUGCGCCUUUUCUCCUAUGACCACAACCCAGUCAAGGAACCUCCUAUAGUAGGUGAAGACGUCUUCUUGGUUGGGGAGGGAGCUGCAGAGUUUUUGGAGGUGCGUGAGGCCAGGAAGGAGAGACGACGAAAGGCAGCAGAGAAAGAGGCAGAAGAGCUGGCACUUGCAGGAGAGGAGCCGGUGAUUCAUGGCAUCCUCAAGAACAGCAGCUCAAAGCAAGCACCAAAUGAAGCUGCAGUGACCAUAGAGGACACAGAUGUUAAAGAGGAAGAGCCUCUGGUGAAGGAGGAAGAAGUGGAGGACGAAGUGGAGGAAGAGGAAGGAGGGUAUGUGGAGCCUCCGAUAAACGAGUAUGGUGGGACUGAGCUCGAAUAUGACGAAGAGGCGGUCGAAUAUGAGACAGAGGAGCUGAUAUGUGAGGGAGAAGGGUUUGAGUUUGAGGGAGAGGAGCUAGAGUAUGAGAGGGCUGAGAUGGACUAUGAGGAUGUGGAGGAGUUGGAUGACACAGGGAGACAAGAUGAAGGGGCGUGAAAGGCCCCUCCAAGAUCCAGAUGAUCUGCAGGACAAGCUGGACACGAAUGACAGGAAAUCCUGCAGAUACAGUUGAUGUUUUGGGACUUUUUUUGUGUAGCUGUGCUGCUAAUUUAAAAUCUGUUGUUUGCUGUGAAUAUAAAUGAGCCGGGCAUUAUGUGUCUAAAAAUUAACAACAUCUCACUCAUCUCCAUAUGAUCAGAUCAGAGCUGGACUCAGGUAAAGAGAGUGUGUGUGUGUACAGUGUGUGUAGUUGUUUUACAAUAAAACUGUACUUGCAGUGGGCAUAGGAGACCAAGUUUCCCGUUAUUAAA